AUGUUGGAGGUGAAUCCUCUCUAUUACGAUGUGCCACAGGCGCAUCUCGUGGCAGCUAUUGAUGCUCAACUCGAACAACUCGACAAAGCGGGGGCGAUCAUCUCCUCUUCCGUUCAUUCGAGAGUGCACGAGUACAGAGCUCGUUUGGACGAUCUCAGGAAAAGACUGCAAGUCGCGAGGAGGAAAAUCGAGAAAAUUGCCAAAUCGAGAGAAGGCAUAGUGAUAUAUUCUGCCGGGAGUUAUCCGGUUCCUCGCGACAAGCAGGAAGAGAAAUUCAAGCGUCUAUUCCCAUUGAGUCCCCUGGAACCUGCGAAGGAGCUCGGGGAAACUCAUAGACCUCCAAUUGGUGCAUUUCGUUCUCCAGCCUCUUCCUUGGGUGAAGGUCUCAGAUUCCUCCAUGUCAAACCGCCAACAUCGAGCGAAGAUGAAAAUAUCUACAAACUCCCGCCGAAGGGUCUUGGUAGCUUCCAUAAAAGAGGAAUACGGAAUGUGGCUGACAUACUCCUCUUCAACACCGCCAUAAAUCCGUACUCAGAAGAGCCGCCGACCCCGCAACGAACUCCACUCCCUGUCGAGGUCGCCACUCUGCCUCCAUCGACCCUCGGAUCUCCCCUCUCUUUUUCAUCGAAUGUCACGGAAGAGAACGUCGAUGGCUUCCUGUACGAUCCUGGCAAGCGGACGACUCCAGCUCUCGAGCUCCCUGCGAACCUGGUGCUUGGAGAAGAAUUCGUCACGGAUCUACCAGAUCUUGUGGCUAGCGGAUCGAGUCAAUUCACGUUCGCAACUCCCUCCAUCUUCUCCCCGUCGUCUUCGAACGAUUCUUUCCAAGAACGACCAAUUUCGAGCGAUGUGGACAAUCUACCCAGACUACCGAGCCCGGACGUCGACUCGGAGUUGGCGCUCCCUCAGAUUCUCCCGUCUUCACCUCCGCCUGCUCAGACGCCAACCGCCGUGUCUGCGACUUCUCAGCUUCCACAGUUUUCUCCGCCUCCCCCACCCCCCAUGCCGGUCGCGGCUCCCCCACCUCCACCUGCCGCUCCCGCCCCGCCUGCUCCACCGACACCUCAGAGCGGACCUGUGGCUCCAUCACCGCCGAAGUCUGCACCGACUGGGGAUCGUGGAUCGCUCCUAGAAUCCAUCAGGAAUCACGGAGGAUUGAGCGGCUUGAGAUCCGCGAAGAAAUCGACCAAGAAGAUACCUCCGAAGAAAACCGUCCAGGCACCGAAGAUGGAUCAUAUGGAGGCGCUGAAACAGCGCUUACAACGCAUCGGGGAGAUUUCUGCGGGAUCUCGCCCGAGGCCUGCUGAAAUCGUACCACCUCCUCCCCAGCCAAAGAACGUUUUCGAAAAAAUGUUGGAACAGGUGAAAUCAAAAGAUCUUGUUGGGUCGGAUUCGGACGAUACCGAUAAAGACAAGGACGAUAGUGAUUGGGAUGCUUAGACAGCAACGCUGAUGA